UCUACUUUUAAUCAAUUUUGGAAUUGCCAGCAACACUAACACCGUAGCGGAAGAUCCAAUGUUUACCGACGUCAUUGAGAAUAUCACAGUUCCGGCAGGACGUAAUGUGAAACUCGCCUGCUCUGUUAAGAACCUCGGCUCGUACAAGGUGGCUUGGAUGCAUUUCGAACAAAGUGCAAUACUCACAGUACACAAUCAUGUGAUCACAAGGAAUCCUAGGAUAAGUGUUACACAUGACAAACAUCGUACAUGGUUUCUUCAUAUCAGUAAUGUGCAAGAAGAAGAUCGUGGUCGAUACAUGUGUCAGAUCAAUACUGUUACGGCUAAAACACAAUUUGGAUAUCUGCAUGUUGUUGUGCCUCCAAAUAUAGAUGAUACAGCAAGCAGCAGUGAUGUGAUUGUACGAGAAGGAGCGAACGUAACAUUAACAUGUAAGGCGACUGGAUCACCAACACCAACAAUUAAAUGGAAACGCGAUGACAAUUCCCCUAUAAAUAUAAAUAAAACAUUAAAAGUAUUAGACUGGGAGAGUGAAUCCUUAGAAUUGAAUCGUAUUAGCCGAUUGGACAUGGGCGCAUAUUUAUGUAUUGCGAGUAAUGGUGUACCACCGACUGUUAGUAAACGAAUUAAAGUUAGCGUUGAUUUUCCGCCAAUGUUAUGGAUACCCCAUCAAUUAGUUGGAGCACCGUUAGCAUACAGUGUAACAUUAGAAUGUACAACAGAAGCAUUUCCAUUAUCACUUAAUUAUUGGACGCGCGAAGAUGGUCUUAUGAUACACGAUUCAAAAAAAUAUCGAACCGAGAACACAAUUGGCGAAUUUCCAUAUAAAACUUAUAUGCGUUUAACCAUAAACAAUAUACAUAACAGUGAUUAUGGCAUAUAUAAAUGCGUUGCCAAGAAUCCAAGGGGGGAAACGGAUGGAACGAUCAGACUAUAUACAUCAUCGCCACCAACAACUACUUCCGGGCCAAUUACAAUUGACCAAUCAAGUAUUCAGUCAAAAGUUAAUCAAUUACCAAUGGAAAGUACUCAUAAUUCAAGUGGUCACGGCAAAAUUGAAACAAAGCCAGGUAAAUAUUUACUAAAAUAA